ACGCCUUCCCGACUGAGAGCAGGCAACACAGGAAGAGGGAAGGAGUAAGUGGAGGAAAAAAAAAAAAAAAAAGGACGGGACGCCCUCCUCCUCUUCCUCCUGUGUGGGCGAAUAACGGUGCAUGAGAAGUUAUCGCAGCCAGACAAUAGCGCCAGUUGAGUCUCUAUUCCAGGAGCCAAGCUGGGGUGUUCCACCAUGGAAGAUUUGGGUAAGUAUUGAGACUGUGUUGUUCUUUCAAAGCUGUGGACGUGCAUCUUUUAUCUUCAGCUGUCCGGGCAGGAAAUUAGCUCUGUGCUGCCGCUGGUCGCCUGAUUUCUCUUCCCCUCGCUACCAUGUAAGCAAACAAUGUUUUGUGUGUCUCAAGAAAGUUGGAGUCCGAUGAUGAUUUGUGAUCCGCUCCCAUCCAGCCGCUCUUCUUUGUCUCGUGGAGCGUGCACAUGCGCCUAAUGCAAGCUUUGGGAAAUGACAGUGUGAUGGAUUGAAUGCCCUCCUGGCUGAUUUGGAAAGCACCGGCUCCCCCCUCGCUCGUUGCCCGGUCCUGCUUACGUCCGAUCCGCCAGCGCACACCGAUCCGGACGUGCAGAACCCCACCGAGGUCCGCCCACCGCCACCCGCCUACACCCCACAGCAGACGGUUUCUGCAGCCAUGAAGUCCUCCCAAAAUUCCAACCCAGACAAACUAUACAGCACGGUGUGUAAAUCCCGUUCUCCUCGUUCAGCCGAUCCCCCGGCUCCUCCAGUUCCUCCAGCCUUCUCCUCCUCCUCACUGCUGGGAGGAGGUCUGAGUGAACUGGACCAUCUGCUACAGGAGCUGAACGCCACCCAAUUCAACAUCACAGAUGAGAUCCUGGCCCAGUUUCCCACUUCUAAAGAGGAUAAGAUGAAGGAUAAGGACUCCACUGUCUCCAACUCUGCAAAGCCCUCCGCGACAUCCGCCACGCUGGAGUUGGACAAACUGAUGGCGUCUCUCUCAGACUUCCGUGUCCAGAGCACACCCGCCGUGCCUGUCAGUCCAGUGAUUAUGACGACAACAACAGCAACAACGACAGCAGUAACACCACAGCAGCCGGUUGCUCCUCCACAACCUUCAUCGGGCGGCUCACUGGAUAGCAUGCUAGGCCUCCUCCAAUCUGACUUAAGCCGGCAAGGGGUUCAAACUUCCCCCAAAGGAAACUGUUCGGCCUGUCAGAAGCCUGUGGUGGGACAGGUAGUGACAGCCCUGGGCAAAGUGUGGCACCCGGAGCACUUUGCGUGCACGGAAUGCGAGACAGAGUUGGGCAGCCGCAACUUCUUCGAGAAAGACGGGCGGCCGUACUGCGAGUCCGACUACUUCACGCUUUUCUCCCCUCACUGCGCCCGCUGCAAUAAGCCCAUACUAAAUAAAAUGGUGACUGCCCUGGAGAAGAACUGGCACCCCGAGUGUUUCUGCUGCGUCAAGUGCAGCAACACGUUUGGCGAAGAAGGCUUCCACGACCGUGAGGGCCAGCAGUACUGCCAGCAGUGCUUCCUGACUUUGUUUGCCUCCCGCUGUCAAGGCUGCAGCCAGCCCAUCCUGGAAAACUACAUCUCGGCUCUCAACUCUCUGUGGCACCCGCAGUGCUUCGUGUGCCGGGAGUGUUACAGCCCGUUCGUGAACGGCAGCUUCUUCGAGCACGAGGGCAAGCCGCUGUGCGAGGCCCACUACCAUCAGUCACGGGGCAGCGUGUGCCAGGCGUGCCAGCAGCCCAUCCUGGGCCGCUGCGUCACCGCCAUGGGGGCCAAGUUCCACCCCCACCACCUGGUGUGCCACUUCUGCCUGAAGCCGUUGAGCAAAGGAUGCUUCAAGGAGCAGGAGAACAAGCCCUACUGCCAUCCGUGCUUCGUCAAGCUCUUUGGCUGAAGACACGGACCACCUCUCCUCCUCCUUUGGUUUGAAAUUUGAAAUAAUCGAGACCCUGACAAUUUUACAAUUUCCUGUAGACGCCACAACAUAUUUCCUGGGCAGACAAUGUCACUAGGUAGUGCCAAAGCAGUACUUUUUAUAUUUUAGAUCAGGUUUGGCACCAAGAGGCCACAAAAUAGCGCACGUUUGCAUUGAGACUAUGCUGAGCACAAAAACAGCUCAUUUGUUCCUCCAAAUUCUGUGAAUAUGCAAGGGAGCACUGUACUGUAAUAAAUAAAAUCGCCAAAUCAUUUUCUAUUUUCAAAAAAGAGGCCAGCACAUAAGCCCGGUGGUGUGAAAUACAACUGAAAGAAGUACACUAUAAUUAGAAUCUAAUUGUAAUGUCUCCUUAUGAAACACACCAAAAAUAAUGGCAAAUAUUUUUUGUAUUUAUUACAUAAUGUGCUGAGUCAAUUAAAUAUUUCAAACCAAAGAUAUAUCAAAUAAAUAUACGGAAGGAUUUUUCUUUUCAGAGAUGCAGUUGUUUAAGUUUUCAGACCAAAUAAAUUACUGAAGGUGUUCUUAUGCAGUCCGCUUCUUACAGUAUAUGAAUAGGACCAUUUAAAAUAUCACAUGCUCUAUAUGGGAUUACAUUACGUCAAAAAUACUGUAUGCACUUUUCCAAAAACUUCCAAAGAAUAAAACUACACGUUUCAUUUGUAAUUUCA